AGCUGUCCCAGCUGUCCCAGUUUUUUCCGACAUGUCCCAUGGCUCUGGGGAAGUGCCUGGAUGGCUUCAGUCCUUCCGAGCAGCUGCACGACUCUCCCAGUCUCGCAUGUCCAUGUCGAAGCGCCGCCGAACCUCGAGGAUCUCGAGGAUCUCGAUCUCGAAAUCAAAGGAGUCCAGGAAAUUCUCGAAACAAUCCAGGGAAUCCAAGAGUCUUGCUCUCCUUAGCCAAGAGCAGUCAUUUAUUCGGGAUUCGUGGAGUUCUGGAUGUUGGGGGCCAAGAACUUGGUGAUGCGAUUGCUGUGGCGCUUGCGGCUGCGUGGCCCAGCCUGGCCAGCAGCUUGCAACGCUUGCACUUGGGUGGCAACAACAUAAGCGAUGAAGGAAUGGUUGCAUUGAUUGCAGCAAUUGAAGCACAUGGCCCUUCCCCAUCCAAGCUGCGUCGUUUGAACCUUCGCGGAAACAAUCUUGGGCCAGCUUCGGUGGAGGCCUUGGCUUCGCUGUUGCCAUUGCUGCCCAAGUUGGAAUCAUUGGAUCUCGGAGGCAAUGCUUUGGAGAAUUCUACAGCCCAAUUCCCCGGUUUGCGAACUUGGUUCUGAUUUGUUCCCACGUCCCAAGCUGGGAGCCAAAGCCAACGCACACGAAGUUUGCGUUGCUCUUGACAGCCUGGUGAACAGCGCCGGGCAACAAGUGCAAUUCAAGGCCAAUGAAUGAGUCUGAGUGUACAUAUUUCAAGAAGUCACUGGUGACUAUAUAUGUA